AUGGCGUUCCACGACGACAUGCCAAAAGGCUUCGUAAAGCAUGUUGUCCGUCGCGCCAACCUCGCUGCCAGGGCCACCGCGUCCGCCACACAGUCGCUCGCCAGCGGCGCCACCAAGUCCGGCUCCGCAGACCCAAAAAAGACCUCCUCCAUUGCAGAGCAGACUUCGAGUCUCGAGGCGCCUGUGGUCGCCAUCAUCCUCGGUGGAUUCCUAGGCACCUUCCUCCUCUUUGUCCUCAUCGGCAUCACCUGCAAGUUCGUCAACCGCCCACGCGCCGAUCCACGCCCACAGCACCACUCAAAAGGCAUGUUCCAGCCUUCCGCAGCUGGCUACGGCUCCGCCGCUGCCACGCUCGGCGCCAACUACCGCGGCAACGAAUCGAUGCACGACGUCUCCAAUCCAAAAGCUGGCCUUCUCGACUCGGCCCAGCCCAUGGGCAGAGGUGGGCGUUACGACGAAGGCGACAGCUCGCUCGGCAGCUCCAAUGGCUACGGCAACGGCGCGCCCGGUCCCAACGGCGGCUUUGGCAUGAUCCCCAGCAAUAGCGCAGGCAGCUUCAGUGGAGACGACUCGCAUCGCUUCGGCGCUCCUAGGAACGGCCAUGCCCGCGGCGCCAGCAGCGGUAUCGAGCUGCCCGGUCCCGCCGCCUCCGCUGCAUUCCGCCGCAACGUCAGCGGCUCCCAUCCUCCACUCCACGCCGCGGCCGACGAUUCCUACGACGCGCCCCACUCGGCCAACGCUCUCAUCCCCGCAUCAUCCGUACUGCCAGACGGCUCCGGAUUCACGCCCGGCCAGAUCUUUGACCACAACGCCAUCAACGGCGGCGCACCGUCCGAAAUGCGCGAGGCCCGCAACAGCUAUCUUGGAGGACCGCCCGCCGGAGUCUUGCCCCGACGCGGCAGCCUGGCGCAGCACAAUCCGCAGCAGAGGUCGUUUGCACGCGGGCCACCACCAGCCACGUCCAAGAAUCGACGCUCGCGCUACGGCCAACCGCAUCUCGGCUCUUCCAACGAUACCGCCGCAUCACGACGCAGUCGCAUCGACAGUAUCGGUCCAGGCACCUAUAGGAAAUCCAUGUUCCUGCAGCAGGAUCAAGACGCCAUGCCGGGCAGCGAGUACGCAGGUGGGUCCAACAUGCGCCGCACCACGUCCAACAACACGGACCGAGCCGGUGCCGGCGCGUCAAGGCAGCUGCGCCGGGUGGACAGCGUAGGCAAGGGCGACGCGCGCAGGACAAGCAGGUUCCAGGCCAACAAUCGCACGAGCCGCAUGCACUCGAUCAUGAUGGCCGAUGACCACGACGCACUCUCGCCCACCAGCCCCACCAGUCCCACCGGAUACAGGGACGGCCUGCCGCCCACCGGCGGCGACUACCUGUCUGCGGCGGAGGGUAUGGGGUGGAGUGGCGGCAGGAGGUCGCCGUACAGCGGCAGCUCCAACGGCCCCACGAGUCCGUUGGGGCCGUUGGGCCCGCACGAUCCCAUGCCGCAGCAGCCAGGCGGCGGUGUGCGCAUGAUGCCCUACGGCGCUGGAUUCGGCGCACCCAUGCCCAGGCCAGCCAUGGCCACCACCCAGAUGUCGUCGCCCAGCUCGUUUGCACCCGCAGCACCACUCGGCGCAGGAUUGGGCCGCGGCAUGGAAGCCAGCUCACAUGCUGCUGCAAGACAGAUCUUGUAG